ACAAUAGUUUGAAUCCGGGGUUGAUUGCAACACGCUCCAAUCAAACCUAACCGCUGCAGUAACGCUACCGCAUCUCCAUCAGGAUGAAAAUCUACGGCUUUUUAGUCGUUCAAGCUUCAGGCACUGUCCACACAAAUAGAGGAUGGCUGAAACCACAUAAUUAAGUAAUUCGAUCGAAAUUCGAUAAUACCUGGUUUCCAUCGGCUACACGAAUUUGCAAUCCGUCGAGUCCGAGACGAAAAUACAGGGUGGAGGGGUUUUAAAAAGAUGUCGUUUCCGGUUAGCGGAUUUGCUAAUUUCGUGUGGAAGGAAGGCCGAAUCGUGUAAAAAAAAUGUGUCUUAAAAAAUAUCCGGGUUCUUGUGAAUGGGGCCGUCCUUACAUGAAAGCUAUACUGAUGCGUUCUGACUGAACGAAACAGCUGUCUGUGGCUGCCACCAGGAGACAUGGCUGUGCGCGUGUUGUUGGAGCGUGUCACUUUUCUUGGGCAUUGAUCUUGCAUCACUGCCGGUCCACUACCUGCUUACCAGAGCCGCAGCGAGCGGGGGGGAAGGGAGGCAGCUGCCCCCCGGAACUGUUGAACUGUUGAGCCGGACAAAUCAAGUCUGUGGAUGGAUUUGUUCUCUUUAGACUCAGUUAUUUUGAUUGUAGUGACUUGCAUUUGUGUUCAAUUUUAAUGGGGGAGGAUACAGACCCCCCCCCCCCCCAACAAGGCUCGUGCCUUCAGCCCUGCUUACUUGGCUUAAAGAAAACCUGCAACGUCCCAGUUCCUUGACGAUUAGAAAGUCAUAAGCUAUAAUUCACUCUGCAGGGUUGAUUGGUCUACGUUACUUGGGAUUUGUAGAAAAGAGUAUCCAGGGAAAGCUAAUCCAACCAAAUCAAGCAAAUCUAGGUUGUACGACACCGCUUGAUAUGGAAAAUAGAACAAUCCCUUAUUCAUGGAUAGCCGACUCCUUAUCAAGUGAUGACAAAUACAUUGCUUGGGGAGCCUCCGCGCAUAAAAGUUUGUUGAGUAGCCCGGGAGUUUGAGAGAGCGGCUGGAUCUUGCUUAUUUGGCUUUUCUACAGAAAGGGACUAGACCAUGCCUAAUUAGCGAGGGUAUUAAGUUUUUUUUUAUGUUUCUGCCUCUAAAACAAAUCUAGGCUGUACGACACCGCUUGGUAUGGAAAAUGGAGCGAUCCAUGAUUCCAGGAUAACCGCUUCAUCGUCACUUGACAACAAACACAUCGCUUUGCAAGCAAGGCUGCAUCUCAUAGCUGAUUCCAGGACGGGGGGAGGGUGGUCGGCUCUUAAAGAUGACUUUUAUCAGUGGCUUCAGAUAGAACUUGGUGGUUACACAACUGUAACGCGUGUAGCGACCCAAGGAGGGAAUGGACGAAACGAAUGGGUGACACAGUACAGAUUGAAAUAUAGCCGUGCAGGAAAUAUCUUCAUGUAUUAUAAGCUGAGGGAAAACAGCCCAGCAAUGGUAAGUAUACAUAAAGCUCAGUCGUGUUCGUUAGAUUUGUGGUGAUUUGUGGGUUUUGUCAUUAACCGUAACUGCAAUCUUUGACAAAGCCACUGAAGGAAACAUUACAUAGUCUACAGGUGUAUGUGCAUCUAAAGAGGCAAACAACAUUGACUCCAGACGUAGGGGUGUAAUAUUAGUUGGUUCGUUACAUAUAAUAUACGUUAAAAUGCUUGGAAUGCAUUUAACGUGAUAUUUUUCUCCAGGGUUGGAAUAAGUAAUCUCGAAAGCCGUAAAGCGGUAGGAAAUAUGAUAUUAUCCAUCUGAGCUAGAGGGAGGUCGAUUGGUUUACUGUUAAUUCUAACUUAGGCUGUUCGCAGUACCCUAUUUUUCGUAAGAUCGGCCAUCUUGGUUUCAUAUUUACCGAGGGGGAGGCAGGGUCGGGGUUUGUAGCGAUGGGGGAUGGAGGACUCCUCCCAAACCGUCCUCCGCCCCCUAAGUAGAUUUGACUUUCAUCUCCCGGCUAAACUCGAAACAUUUGAAAUCAAGAUGGCGGCCCGUUACGCAGGGCGCUCGAUCUCGAUGAUCUUACGAAAAAAAGCGGUGGUGUCUAAUUCCAACUCGUCGCGGAAAACAGUUGGAGUGACCGUUGGUCAUUCAGUUUGUCCUGAUUAGCCGGGAUUUACUUGAAAUGAGAGAGUGAAAACUAGUAGGCUUGUUUUCCCCUUUUAGGUGUUUGAAGGCAAUAAAGACAGUAACAGCGUUUUUACAAACAGAUUAAGCCAGCCGAUCAGAGUACGCUACAUUCGCUUUAUACCAAUAGAGUGGCAUAAUCACAUAUCAAUGAGAGUAGAGAUCUACGGCUGCCCAGGUGUGCUUUACUUACAAAUAAUUUUCUCAGAGUUGUAGGCUUAUGGUACUUUGCCAAACGAAAUGAAACGAAACGAAACGAAACGGUACUUUGCGAAACGGUACUUUGCGAAACGGUGCUUUGCGAAACGGUUAAACAAGCGCCAAUGCGCCUAAAUUUUUCGCGUUGGCGACCAAAUCCUGAAAAUUAGCAGCCUAGAGUGCUUCAUCACACCUUAUCUCUAGUACCUAGAAUGCUACUGAAAGCUUAAGAUUUGUUUCCAAAGAGCAAUGUAUUAAUUUUGUAAAAUUUACACGCGUUACACAGAGGACACUAAAAUGGUUCAUACACAACGUUCAAGUCACCUAAAUCCAAGAUGGCGUCUGGUAAUACAUGCUGCUCUUUGGAAACAGACUUAACAAGAAUCGCCGAAAGGCGAUUUUUAACUGGGCUGCAAAGGGGCCACUUUUUCUGAGGGGAGGGGGCGGCUAUACACACUCUGGCUACCAUAAAACCUUGUCGGCAACCAUUGCAUGCAACAGAAUCUCAUGUGAGACUGAAACAUAAACUCAUUCAGAACAUUGUACCCUUUUGAAAGGCUUUCGUAACCAAAAAAAAGAGUACCAUUUUUCAGUGGGGACUGUAUAAUAACUUUUAAAUUCCACCAUUAUGAAUAAAAAUAAACAAGUUAGCCAUUAAUUGUAAGCAGGGAACAAUCUGCAUUAUUUCCACGCACCCCUCCCCCAAUCCCUCUGUGCCCCAAAAUAUAGCGUGACAGUAUAACGUGAUUAAUUUGACGUAACCGGAAAUUCCAAUAAUUGUUGUCCUUCUACGAGCAUAAAAUGCGACAGACUGAGCUGAUUUACACUUGACAGAAAUAUUGUAUUGUAUGAAAACCAGAAGUAUACUAAAACAGACAGUUAACUGCCCAUUGAUCCCGCCUGAUCCAGGGGCCUCAGUGACUGCACGGAGACUUAACUGCGCUUUUCAGAAACAUGCGAACUCUAAAGUUCAAAAGCCACCUUCACAAUUGUGCUUAUCGCUUCCGUCAAUCAUAAUUACGAUCACAAGCAACGAACCUUGAAACAGAGAAACAAACAAAACGGAUCGAAAUGCACAAAUCACAAACCAUGACCUUUUGAACCCUUGAAGUAAAGUUUCGUUUCCUAAGAGGUCUGUUAAGAUGAUUGACAGCAGCGAAGAAUGCAAUCGUCGGUUGGGUUCUGAACUUCAGAAUUCGCAUGUUUGUGAAAAGUGCGAUCCUAAUUUGCGGUCCACAGUCUACAUGAAAACGCACUAUUUUUUCCACAAGAUGAAAAAUAUUCAGUUUUAACAUAUUCCUCAUGGUAUUUUUCUCUAACUUAAAGGAAUAAAAUCCUUUGCAUUUUGAGACCUAAAAAAGUUUAAAGAUUUCUCGCUCGCAUAGAUGAAACGAUCGAUAACAUAUUUUUUACCUGAUACCGACGUCAGUUAAAAAUUCGCUCGAGAGCUGUUUGUCUCACCCAAGACUAACUUUUCUUCAUGGAAGAUGACUAUGCCGCUUUAUAACUCGUCCGAAGUUUGUGUGCCAGCUAAACAAUAUGGAAACACUAUUCACAGUGACUCCUUGGAUAAUAAAAAGACUGAACGUCAGUUGUGAACGUGACGCACUAUUAUGCCUUUGUUUACUUCUGAUCACAAGCGAAGUCUCUCUUUUCAAGCGAUUCAUCUCAAUGCACAAUAAUUGACCCUUAUGUUAGUUAAAAUCCUAUGGUUCAUCUAUAUUAAUGCUGUUUUUGCCCCUCACAUUGACUGUGUUCGUUCGUAUUCAAAACAACUUUACGAAAAUAAAGGUCGUAUAAGUCAUGUGAAUUAUGUUUCGAGAUAAAUGGAUUAUACGCUUUUUUAAGUUUCCAUUUUGCGGUGAAUUCAGUUUACAUCUCCAUAAAAUGGUAAAAGAAAUAUCAAGAAACAUCACGAGAGCUGAAAAUUUUCAAAGGCAUGUUUCUGAAACUCGCUAAUGCUGACAUCAAUAUAGCGUGCUUGCUGAAUGGGCGAAAACACAGAAUUGUGAUCACAAGAUCUUGUACAAGUUUAAUGAUAAAAGCUUAGCAAGAUACAGAUACAAACAAAAGCAAACCCCCUGAAACCUCGACGUGGGCUACACUUGUAUGCUCUACUCAGUCACCAAACCUUGUCAGUAAUUCUCUAUUUUCCAAUUGCCCAUAAUACACUCUGUUUGCCCCCCAAAUUCUGCAUAAACCAUUGUUUUUAAAUGCUCCUGGGAGUAUUGUAUUUUCCCAAGAGCAUUUUAAGACAAUAAGUUAUGCAAAAUUUGGGGGGCAAACAGAGUGUAUUAUGGGCAAUUGGAAAAUAGUCAAUAGCUCCUAUUUUCCUGGAGUCGCUCUCUGUGAAGCUCCCGGAUGGGAUGUCCCGGUGAAGCUUUAACCUUGUGUGCGAAAUUCUCAGAGUUCCUAUUUUUGUCCGUCUCUUCUUUAUCCUCAGUAUCCGAAAUUUAGACCUCCAAAGUGGCGUGUGUUGCAUUAAAUAGAAGGAAAUAUUAAAGGAAAAGCCAGUCUUCUAACAUGGCAAAGUUGUCACGUCCCUCGCUCAUGGACGUGCAUCACAUCAGGAUUCAACUGCCAUUCAUCGGCAACUGAGUUGUUCGCUUCACUGACUAUGACGGCUUACAAUCAAGUAUUCAGCCAUAGUGUCGUCAACUGGUGAAAUACUUUGCUCAUGAGUUGUGCUUCUUAAUUGCUCAUGUACUACAUCGACGAUAGUUCACGAAGCGGCCACGGCGUUCCAAACCUCAGUCUUUUAGUGUGAACCUACCGUGAACGGCGUAUCGGUUUGAAUGCAACGCGAGCUUUUCUCUGAGUUUCCCAGCGCCAACAUCAUCUAACUGACUUAAACUCGAACAAUAAAAAAAUUAUAGAGUAACUCCCAUGAUCCAAUCGCUUCGAACAACACAAAUAGCCGUCUUUAGGUUCGCAACGCCUUGUGGGUUUUUCAGGGGGAGCGCAGACGUGUAUCCGUGUAAGGCUCCGUGCAAGAGAAACUUAUAUGAAACCAUUUGUAAGAACAUCGUUUCUCGGUACCAGACCCUCGUGUCUUCCCUCCCCCGGGAGACCACUUUUUGACACCGACGACCGAAAGGCCAUUUUAUGACCGGGCCGCACAGGCAGCCCAGUAACGAGGAAAUUUGCUCCAGGUUUAUCUUUACAAAUCUUCAGCUUUCAGUGGAAUUCUAGGAACUCUAGAUAAGGUGUGAUGAAGCAUUGUGUUGUAACCGUUUCGCAAAGUACCGUUUCGCAAAGUACCAUUUCGCAAAGUACCAUUUCGUUUCGUUUCGUUUCGUUUCGCAAAGUACCAUAAGCCAGAGCUGUAUGUAAGCUAGAGUGCAGUGUGAGCGGUAAUGAUUAACUUGAAUUGGCAUGUUGAAAAUAACCGUGGUUAGCACCCUAUGGAGCGCUUAUUUGCUGAUUUACCUGCGGAAAAGAAAUAAUCCUUUGUAAUCUACCUAGGGCUUUACUUUAGUCAAAUUUUCACGUCAAGUUAGCCUUACAUUUGGUAGUAACCACGACGGCGACGGUUGCUAAAACGUCACUAAUCAUUAAAGUGAUUUCGCACUAACUGUUUCAAACUUCACCGCGCUUCUUCCAUCACGUUCAAGUUAUCAAAUGUUGGCAAAUUUUCUGGGGUUAAAUUCUAAAACAGCUGUAUGCAAGUUCAGAGAAAUAAAAAAAUUCGUCGUCUUGCCUUAACGUCCGCCACAAAAACACAAAAUUAGGCAGUUCCGACUUCGUAGUUAUGCCGACGGCAAAGAAAUGUACAAAAAAGCGGGAUGCAUGUGCAAAGUUGCCGUUUUGCUUAUAUUACACCUAUUGCUUUUUCGCUGUUCGAGCUGCCCUCGCCGUCGUCGUCGCUUAAGCUCCCUAUUAUUAUGGUUAACUUGUCUCCUGUAACCGCAGCUAAUAGUUCCUCUAUGAUUGUUUGUCUCCUAAUGGAUACAUGGAUAAAUGAUUGGAUCACAAAUUGAAAUUUUUAAUACAUUUUUCAUUAAAUUUUCCACUUCCAGACAGAAUAAAGAAAAAACGUAUGGAUUCUUUGGUAUGACCGUUCAAAAUACGACUUGAUGACUGUUUUAGUUUCACGUGGUCACAUUCAUUAAAAGUGUGUUACGUAACGCAGUUACGGAUAGUUUUGCUUGAGCUAAGACUUUCAAUUCAAACAUACCGGCCCAAAAGAUGAAGUUUUAUUAUAAACUGUACUAUUGUACCAUACAGGUUGUAUAGCACCACUUGGUAUGGAAAAUAAACAAAUAUCAGAUGCCCAGAUCAGUGCAUCUUCAAUGUCUGAUGACAAUAGCUCUCCAAGCAAGGCCAGGCUGCACCUCAAAGGAGAGCAAAACCUAACUGGAGGGGGUGGGUGGAGUGCCAUUAAAAACGAUCUCCACCAAUGGCUACAGGUGGACCUUGGAGGUUACAGCACAGUAACACGUGUAGCGACUCAGGGAAGGACUGGGUCCAUUGAGUGGGUGACCAAUUACAAGUUACAGUACAGUGAUGAUGGAAUGAACUUUCAGUUUUACAAAGAACAUGGAAACAAAUCAGCUAAGGUACCUUCACACACGUAUAUGUAAAAUACUUUAAAGGCAGCCAGAUGUUUUUAAAUCAGUUCUCAUUUACAACAAGCUAGGCUACUUAGAUCGUCCAAUAUGUUUUGAUUAGACCCUGUGUGAAGUCAUAACCUGUUUUCUAUGGCAACAUAGCUGGCAAACAAUGACUAUAUUGUGAACAGUUUUUUCAGGACUAGGUCAAACACAUUUAACCAAGCAUUGAAGUGAGAGACUUGUUGGUCGUUUGUUUGCUCUUAGGGUUAGGGUUUAUGGUUUCACUGUUUCAUUACUUAUUACAGAUUUUUACUGGAAACGAUGACAGUGAUGCUGUUGUGUAUAAUGCACUGAGUCCACCAGUCACUACAAUGUUUCUUCGUGUAUUGCCUAUAGCUUGGAACAGUCGUAUAUCUAUGAGGAUAGAGCUGUAUGGUUGUCCAGGUAAUUUGAGUAAGUUAAGGAGGAGCAGUUGUUAUAAAUUGGCCAUUUCCACAUAUCUCAUAUUAAAACGUUUUCUCCUCUUGUCAGGGUGGUAAUGUUUGUAUUCCAAAACAAUCAAACCGCGGCCAUUUUGUUUUCCAUGCCAGUCUUUUGGGUGCUGAACUUUUCUGUAAACACUUUUCUCAAUAAAUAUCCAAAGAGACCACAGGCGUCCCAAGCUCACGUUACGAUUGUGUCAUGUAAAUAAACUUUCUCACUAGAGAGUCGGUGUCGUGCUACAAGCAACCGUUGAGACUUUGUAUUACAAAUAAAAUACUGAGGUAUGCGAACGCUAAAUGUCAUUAUUCUGACUUAUUUUUCUAUAAAAUAAAUAAAGAAGACUUACCUUUGAUGUAUUCCUGACAUUUCUGGCGUGAAUUCAUCGAUUUAGUUGGUUUUUUUGGCUGUUGUCUCUGUUGUCACUGUUGUUACUAUUGUCGCUGUUGUCAACGUUUUCACUGUUCUCACUGUUGCCGCUGUUGUCACUGUUGUCGCUAUUGUCACUGUUGUCACUUGUCACUGUUGUCGCUUAAGUCACUGUUGUUACCGUUGUCACUAUUGUCGCUGUUGUCGCUCUUGAUACUGUUGUUACUGUUGUCGCUAUUGUCACUGUUGUCGAUGUUGUCACUGUUCUCACUGUUGGUGCUGUUGUCACUGUUGUCGCUGUUGUUACUGUUCUCACUGUUAUAACUGUUGUCACUGUUGUUGCCGUUGUCGCUGUUGUCACUGUUCUCACUGUUGUCACUCUUGUCACUGUUCAUGCUGUUGUCGCUGUUGUCACUGUUGUGACCGUCGUCGCUAUUGUCGCUGUUGUCACUCUUCUCACUGUUGUCGCUGUUGUCGCUGUUGUCACUGUUCUCUCUGUUCUCACUAUUGUCGCUGUUGUGGAUGUUGUCACUUUUGUAACUGUUGUCGCUUUGUCACUGUUGUUGCUGUUGUCGCUUGUUGUCACGUUUGUCGCUGUUGUGACUGUUCUUACUGUUGUCGCCGUUGUCACUGUUGUCACUGUUGUUGAUGUUGUCGCUGUUGUCAUUGUUGUCACUUUUAUAGCUUUUGUCGCUGUUCUGCCAGUUUUCACUGUUCUCACUGUUGUCAUACUUGUCAUUCUUGUCACUGUUCUCGCUGUUGUCGCUGUUAUCACUGUUGUCGCAGUUUUCACUGUUGUCACUCUUAUAGCUGUUGUCAUCGUUGUCACUGUUGUCACUGUUGUCACUGUUGUCCCUGUUGUCACUGUUGUCACUGUUGUCACUGUUGUCACUCUUCUCUCUGUUGUCACUGUUCUCACCGUUGUCACUGUUGUCACUGUUAUAGCUGUUGUUACUGUUGUUGAUGUUGUCACUGUUUUACUCUUGUUGCUGUUUUCGCUCUUGUCACUGUUGUCGCUGUUGUGGCUGUUGUCACUGUUGUUUCGCUAUUGUCGCUGUUGUCACUCUUGUCACUCUUGUCGCUCUUGUCACUGUUGUCACUGUUGCCACUGUUGUCGCUGUUGUCACUGUUGUCAUUGUUCGCGCUGUUGUCACUGUUGUUGCUGUUUUCGCUGCUGUCAAUGUUGUCACUGUUGUUGCUGUUUUCACUGUUUCCGCUUUUGUCGCUGUUGUCACUCUUGUCACUGUUAACACUGUUGCCCUUUUUGUCGCUCUUCCCACAGUUUUCACUGUUGUCGCUGUUGUCACUAUUGUCACUGUUGUCCCUUUUGUCGCUGUUAUCACUCUUGUCACUGUUGUCGCUGUUGUCACUGUUAUCGCUGUUGUCGCUGUUGUGGCUGUUGUCACUGUUGUCGCUGUUGUAUCUGUUGUCCCUGUUGUCGCUGUUUUCACGGUUGUCGCUGUCAUCACUGUUGGCACUGUUGUCGCUGUUGUCACUGUUGUCACUGUCGUACAUGUUGUCACUGUUGUCAUUAUUGGUGCUGUUGUCACUGUUGUCGCUCUUGUCGCUGUUGACGCUGUUGUCACAGUUGUCACUCUUGCCAUUCUUCGCGCUGUUGUCACUGUUGUUACUGUUGUCGCUGUUCUCACUGUUGUUACUGGUGUCAUUGUUGUCGAUGUUGUCGCUGUUGUCAUUGCCGUUGCUGUUGUCGGUGUUAUCACUGUUGUCACUGUUGUCGCUUUUCUCACAGUUUUCGCUGUUCUCGCUGUUGUCACAGUUUUGCUGUUCUCGCUGUUGUUACUGGUGUCAUUGUUGUCGAUGUUGUCGCUGUUAUCAUUGUUCUCGCUGUCGUCGGUGUUAUCACUGUUGUCGCUUUUCGCCCAGUUUUUGCUGUUCUCGCUGUUGUCACUGUUGUCGUUUUUGUCGCUCUUCUCACAGUUUUCACUGUUGUCGCUGUUGUCACUCUUGUCCCUGUUGUCGCUGUUGUCACUCUUGUCACUGUUGUCCCUAUCGUCGCUCUUCUCACUGUUGUCACUGUUGUCUCUCUUGUCCCACUUGUCGCUUUUGUCACUGUUGUCACUGUUGUUCCUUCUGUCACUGUUGUCACUGUUGUCGCUUUUGUCGCUGACGUGACUGUUGUCUCUUUUGUCGCUGUUGUCACUGUUGUAAGUUUUUCCGCUGUUGUCUCGGUUGUUCGUUGUUGUCACCGUUGUCACUGUUUUUGCUGUUGUCACUGUUGUUGCUGUUGUCACUUUUGUCACUGUUGUCGUUCUUGUCGCCUUUUUCGCUGGUAUCACUAUUGUCACUGUUGUCGCUGUUGUCACUGUUGUCGCUGUUGACAUUGUUGUCGCUGUUCUUACUGUUUUCACUGGUGUCGCUGUUGUCGCUGUUGUCGUUGUUGACGCUGUUGUCACUGUUGUCACAGUUGUCACUGUUGUUGCAGUUCUCAAUGUUGUCGCUGUUGUCAGUGUUGUCGCUAUUUCAGUGUUGUUGCUGUGUAGUCACUGUUGUCACUGAUUCCUCUGUUGUGACUGUUGUCCCUGUUUUUAAAGUUGUCAGUGCUGUUCCUGUUGCCACUGUUGUCUCUGUUGCUGCUAUUGUCCCUGUUCUAACUGUUGUCACUGUUGUUACGUGUUGUCUCUUGUCACUGUUGUCACUGUUGUCAAUGUUUUCACUGUAGUCGCAGUUGUCACAGUGUUGUCUAUGUUGUCUCUGUUUUUGCUGUUGUUGCUGUCGUCGCUGUUGUCUCUGUGGUCACUGUUUUUGCUGUUGCGCUGUUGUCACUGUUUUCGCUGUUGUCACUGUUGUUGCUGUUGCCGCUGUUGUUACUGUUGUCGCUGUGGUCCCUAUUGUUGCUGUUGUCUCUAUUGUCAAUGUUGUCGCUGUUGUCGCCAUUUUCACUGUUGUCACUGUGGUCGCCACUGUUUUCGCUGUUGUCACUUUUGUCUUCGUUGUCGUUUUUGUCACCGUUGUCGCUGUUGUCUCUGUUGUCCCUGCUGUCACUGUUGUCACUAUUAUCCUUUUUUAACUGUUGUCACUUUGUUGCUAUUCUCGCCUGUUGUCAAUAUUGUCUCUGCUGUCACUGUUGUCAUUGUUGUCAAUGUUGUCUCUGUUGUCACUGUUGUCCCUGUUUUUAAAGUUGUCUCUGCUGUUGCUGUAGCCACUGUUGUCUCUGUUGCUGCUGUUGUCGCUAUUCUCACUUUUGUCCCUGUUGUUCAGUGUUGUCUCUGUUGUCACUGUUGUCGCCGUUGUCAAUGUUCUACCUGUUGUCACUGUUGUGAGUGUUGUCUGUUGUCACUGUUGUCACUGUAUUCGCGGUUGGCACUGUUGUCUUUGUUGUCUCUGUGUUUUCUGUUGUUGCUGUUGUCACUGUUGUCAUUGUUUUCGCUGUUGUCACUGUUGUCGCUGUUGUCACUGUCGUUGCUGCUGCUACUGUUGUCACUGUUGUAACUUUUGUCACUGUUUUCACUGUUUUCACUGUUGUCACUGUUGUCGUUUUUGUCGCUGUUCUCAAAGUUUUCACUGUUGUCGCUGUUGUCACUCUUGUCCCUGUUGUCGCUGUUGUCACUGCUGUCCCUGUCGUCGCUCUUCUCACUGUUGUCACUGUUGUCCCUCUUGUCCCACUUGUCCCUUUUGUCACUGUUGUCACUGUUGUUCCUUCUGUCACUGUUGUCACUGUCAUCGCUUUUGUUACUUUUGUCACUGUUGUCGCUCUUGUCGCUGUUGUCACUGUUGUCACUGUUGCCUCUCUUGUCGCUGUUGUCAUUGUUGUAAGUUUUUCCGCUGUUGUCUCAGUUGUUCAUUGUUGUCACUAUUGUCACUGUUGUUGCUGUUGUCACUUUUGUCACUGUUGUCGUUCUUGUCGCCUUUUUCGCUUUUAUCACUGUUGUCACUGUUGUCGCUGUUGACAUUGUUGUCGCUGUUCUUACUGUUUUCGCUGGUGUCGCUUUUGUCCCUGUUGUCGCUUUUGUCACUGUUGUCGCUGUUGUCGUUGUUGACACUGUUGUCACUGUUGUCACAGUUUUCACUGUUGUUGCAGUUCUCAACGUUGUCACUGGUGUCAGUGUUGUCUCUCUUGUCACUGUUGUCUCUUGUCACUGGUGUCCAUGUUGUCGCUAUUCUCACUGUUGUCUCUGUUGUCUUGUUUGUCCCUGUCGUUGGUGUUCCCGCUGUUGUCACAUCUGUUACUGUGGUCACCGUUGUUGCUGUUGUCACUGUUGUCGCUGUUGUCACUGUUGUUGCUGUUGUCACUGUUGUAACGGUUUCCGCUGUUGUCUCUGUUGUUCGCUGUUUUUACUGUUGUUGCAGUUUUGGCUGUCGUUGUUUUUUUCCCUGUUAUCAGUGUUGUCGCUGUGGUCACUGUUGUCAUUGUUGUCGCUGGUUCCUCUGUUGUCAUUGUUGUCCCUGUUUUUAAAGUUGUCAGUGCUGUAGCUGUUGCCACUGUUGUCUCUGUUUCUGCUUUUGUCGCUGUUCUAACUGUUGUCCUUGUUGUUAAGUGUUGUUUCUGUUGUCACUGUUGUCUCUGCUGUUGCUCUUGUCACUGUUGUCACUGUUGCCAAUGUUGUCACUGUUUUCACUGUAGUCGCAGUUGUCACUGUUGUCUUUGUUGUCUCUGUUUUUGCUGUUGUUGCUGUCGUCGCUGUUGUCACUGUUGUCUUUGUUGUCUCUGUUUUUGCUGUUGUUGCUGUCGUCGCUGUUGUCACUGUUGUCUCUUUCCUCACUGUUUUUGCUGUUGCGCUGAUGUCACUGUUAUCGCUGUUGUCACUGUUUUCGCUGUUGUCACUGUUGUCGCUGUUGUCACUGUUGUUGCUGUUGCCGCUGUUGUUACUGUUGUCGCCGGGGUCUCUAUUGUUGCUGUUGUCUCUAUUGUCACUGUUGUCGCUGUUGUCGCCAUUUUCACUGUUGUCACUGUGGUCGCCACUGUUUUCUCUGUUGUCACGUUUGUGUUCGUUGUCGUUUUUGUCACCGUUGUCGCCGUUGUCUCUGUUAUCCCUACUGUCACUGUUGUCACUAUUAUCCUUUUUUAACUGUUGUCACUUUGUCGCUAUUCUCGCCUGUUGUCACUAUUGUCUCUGCUGUCACUGUUGUCAUUGUUGUCGCUGUUGUCUCUGUUGUCACUGUUGUCCCUGUUUUUAAAGUUGUCUCUGCUGUUGCUGUAGCCACUGUUGUCUCUGUUGCUGCUGUUGUCGCUAUUCUCACUUUUGUCCCUGUUGUUCAGUGUUGUCUCUGUUGUCGCCGUUGUCACUGUUAUAGCUGUUGCCACUGUUGUCAGUGUUGCCUGUUGUCACUGUUGUCACUGUAGUCGCGGUUGUCACUGUUGUCUUUGUUGUCUCUGUUUUUACUGUUGUUGCUGUUGUCACUGUUGUCAUUGUUUUCGCUGUUGUCACUGUUGUCGCUGUUGUCACUGUCGUUGCUGCUGCCACUGUUGUCGCUGUUGUCACUAUUGUUGCUGUUGUCUCUGUUGUCGCUGUUGUCGCCAGUUUCACUGUUGUCGCCGUGGUCGCCAUUGUUUUCGCUGUUGUCAGUUUUGUCUUUGUUGUCUCUGUUGUUACUGUUGUUGCUGUUACUGCUCUGGGAACGAUAUAAGGUUGAGAUCCCAGGAAAAUAGAGGUCUGGAGGGGUAGUCAGGGGCGGGACAGGAAAGGGCGGGAGGUGGUACUUCUAAUUGGACGGGGAUUUUCGAGAAAUUGGGGAAAUAACGAAACAAUGCUCAAUAGUUUGCGAACGAAGAAGGUCCGGCGGAAAAAAAAAAACAAGAAAAAAGGGGUAGGGCCGGGAAUGCAGUCUUAGAGAGACGAUCACGCUUUAGUGAGUCAUAAAUAUCGAUUAAAAUCUGCAUUUUUUCCACAUCUUUUCUCAAUUGCAUAUUCUAUUUGUUACCUGCCGUUUAAUGAAACGUCAUUCUGGGUGCGAUUGUGAGGAAAAAGCAGGAAGAGGGACGAGGGAGUAUAAUGACUGCUUUAAGGGAGUUACUUUGAAUAAUGCUUACACCGUAUGCUACAAAAUCACAAACGAAAGUUUUUUGAAGCCAGUGUGUUUUAUACCAGCCUAUGGGAAGGACAACUGCGAUUUAAUAGCCAAACUGCCCGAAAAUUGAAACUUUGAAAAUCCGACCAAGUUCAUUGAAAUUGCUUUACGAAUUAUAUUCAGAUAUAUAAGUUUUCGAAGUCCUCAGUUCUUGGCAUUUUUAAAUCAUCCUAGGAUGCGUCAGUGCCCUUGGCAUGGAAAAUGAUAAAAUCCCAGAUGCUCAUAUCACCGCGUCUUCACAGCUGGAUGACAACAAUAGGGCAGCACUGGCAAGAUUACAGUUAAAAGAAGAUGGCCUCAAGCAAGGAGGAUGGUCUGCUCUUUACAAUGACUUUGGCCAAUGGAUUCAGGUGGAUCUUGGUGGUUCCACAAGAGUCACUAGGGUAGCGACGCAAGGAAAGAAUGCAGGUGAUGCGUGGGUGGUCAAGUACCGACUGCAGUACAGUGAAGACCUUCGAAUAACCUUUACUUUUGUCAAGAAGUCAGACAACAGUUCAGCAAAAGUAUGUUUGUUUGAUUACAUGGUGCUUUUCUUCUACUUGCUCUGAAAUCGUAAAACAGCAUUGCAAGCGCGGGGAAUACUCCUUCCGAGAGUGCUGCUGGGGCCUUGGAAACCUUGCCUGCUAAAGUUAGGGUGUUUUUUAUUUGUCAGAACUGAGCGGCUACCCCAUUACCGUCUUCAUUUGAAUUUCACUUUUAAUCUAAACUACCCAGCGAGGUCGGUCAAUUCUAAGUACAGCCAUCUCUCGCCUUGCGGACACCCCGAUGCUAAAUCCCCGGCAAAAACAAAUUACAGACGUUUGACUUGAAUAAACUCUCGCUAUUACGGACUCUCGCUAAGUUGGACACUAACUCGAGGUCCCUGCGCGUCCGCUAUAAAGGGAGUUGACUGUAACAUGCAAGAAGGAGAUGGUUAUCCAUAAAGCGCGCGCGUGAAAUUAGGAAGUUUCACAGAACAACUGUUCAACGACGGCUGAGAAAUGUACAAAAAAGCCUGAUGCACGUGCAAAGAAGUUGUUCUGCUAAUAUAAAUUUAUUGCUGUUUUUCUGUUCUCUUUGGCGUCGCUGUCGCCGUGGCUUAUAUAAGCUUGCUAUUGUUGUAAUCCUACGAAGAUAACGUGAGGUCAGACUUUUCCUCUUUAUUUUACAUAAAUGAUACCAAACUAAAUCCCUCUGCUUUUCUAUUCUAGACUAGAGUGCUUGAAAACCCCACCCUUUCCAGCGGCGUAUACCUAUUUAACCUACCGGUAUUAAGGAAAGCACGUCCCACCCUUAGGGCUUCGAUAAACUACUAAAGGCCGGAGCGAAGGGGUCACAUGAUCACAACACCUCUUGCAGGGAAGGCAAUGACCCUUUGGGCGAAAGAGUCAUAUGGGGAAAAAUCUUCAAGUAAUUUAACCCUUUACGGCCUAAGAUUGAUCAGCAUCAAAUUUCUUCUUGUAAUAUCAAUGCUUUGUAAAACAGACUGGUCAUGAUAAUUACGGACAUGAUCACACAAGAGGAAUUUGCUUAAUAUUUUAUCAACUCCUCCCCACUACUUCUUUAGCAAACGAAUAGGGACAACAAAUGAGAAUUCAAAUUUUGAUCUUAGGGCUUAAAGGGUUAAAUGACAUCUUGAGCGAUAUCGAUCUAUGUGGUUCGGGUGCAGGUAAAUCAUUAGUUUGCUUUUUCUCCUACCCGAAACGCAAUUAUUUUGUAUUUCUUCGCUAAAGAAGUCGAAGGGAGGUUUAUACUUGUGGGACAAUAAUUAUAUUAUCUGCACCCUUUUUCGAAGGCUCCUUUGAACCUUACCCUGAAUCCCUUAAAAUGUCUGCUAAACAGGGAUAACGCAACUUUUCUCUUUCAUCUUUGUGCUAAAGGUAUUUUACGCAAAUCACGACACCGAUACCGUGGUGUAUAACGUGUUAGCCCCACCAAUCACAGCACGUCUGAUCCGUAUCUUACCAGUGUACUGGCACAAUCAGAUAUCAAUGAGACUGGAGAUAUAUGGAUAUCCAGGUUAGUAAGGAGAAAAUUCCCAUGCACAAUAUUUUCGAGUGAUGCUGCUAGCAGAGUAUUCUUUUGCUUUCCUGUGUAAAAAGAAGAAGAGAGACUGCCUGAAUCACGUCAAAACUUUGAAGUCACCGCAGCCCAAACUUCCGAACUAGUCCAUCUUGAGGGUCCCCAAUAGGAUUAUCGGGAUCCUGGAUUUCCCUUAUUUGAAGUUCGGGAUUCAGGAUUUUAAAGCAAAAUCGGGCAAGACUCGGGAUUGAAAGUAUGCGCGCAAGUUAGAAUGCUCGAAAUCACCCUUGGGAUUACGGGACUGCACGAAAUUUUGUGUGAAGAUUACGGGAUUGGAGAACCCUAUUGGUCACCCUGUUCUCUCUACGUUUAACUAGAGACUUUUAGAUUGAGGCCCAUUAGGGGAGGUCUUAAUAUCCUGUAUCCCUGUAAUUUUUUGACCAAAUUUCCCGUAUCCCAUAAAUUCCGGUCACAAAUAUCCCGAAAAUUAAAGUAUCGGCGAUCGCGGCUGGCGCGCUAUUUUUAGUACUUCAUGUUACCCCCACAUAGUGCCCAUGAUAAACCGAUGAGUGGUCAAACGGUUUGUUUUUCACUUGUAUAUUUUUCAUUUAUAUCUAAUGAUCUCUAAUCAUCAACAAAAAUACAGAAAAGGGCAUGCAUUUAGUAAUCCAAGAACCUUUCUCAUCAAACAUCUGAUAUGUUACAAUUUUUUGCGAAUAUCCCGUAUCCCUGAAACUACUUCUCGAUAUCCUGUAUCCCAAUAACUUUUUCCUCAAAUAUCCCAAGAACAUUAUUGGUGCUCUUGUCACUGUUGUCGCUGUUGUCGCUGUUGACGCUGUUGUCACAGUUGUCACUCUUGUCAUUCUUGUCGCUGUUGUCACUGUUGUUACUGUUGUCACUGUUGUUGCUGUUCUCACUGUUGUUACUGGUGUCAUUGUUGUCGAUGUUGUCGCUGUUGUCAUUGCUGUUGCUGUUGUCGGUGUUAUCACUCUUGUCACUGUUGUCACUAUUGUCUCUGCUGUUACUGUUGUCGCUGUUCUCGCUGUUCUCGCUGUUGUUACUGGUGUCAUUGUUGUCGAUGUUGUCGCUGUUGUCAUUGUUGUCGCUGUUGUCGGUGUUAUCACUGUUGUCACUGUUGUCGCUUUUCUCACAGUUUUCGCUGUUCUCGCUGUUGUCACUGUUGCGCUGUUCUCGCUGUUGUUACUGGUGUCAUUGUUGUCGAUGUUGUCGCUGUCGUCGGUGUUAUCACUGUUGUCACUGUUGUCGCUUUUCUCCCAGUUUUUCCUCUUCUCGCUGUUUUCACUGUUGUCGCUGCUGUCACUUUUGUCACUGUUGUCACUGUUGUCACUUUUGUCGCUGUUGUCACUUUUUUCACUGUUGUCACUGUUGUCACUGUUGUCGUUUUUGUCGCUGUUCUCACAGUUUUCACUGUUGUCGCUGUUGUCACUGUUGUCACUGUCGUCGCUCUUCUCACUGUUGUCACUGUUGUCCCUCUUGUCCCACUUGUCGCUUUUGUCACUGUUGUCGCUGUUGUUCCUUCUGUCACUGUUGUCACUGUUGUCGCUUUUGUUACUUUUGUCACUGUGGUCGCUCUUGUCGCUUUUAUCGCUGUUGUCACUGUUGUAAGUUUUUCCGCUGUUGUCUCUGUUGUUCGUUGUUGUCACUGUUUUUGCUGUUGUCACUGUUAUUGCUGUUGUCACUUUUGUCACUGUUGUCGUUCUUGUCGCCUUUUUCGCUGGUAUCACUAUUGUCGCUGUUGACAUUGUUGUCGCUGUUCUUACUCUUUUCACUGGUGUCGCUUUUGUCGCUGUUGUCGCUGUUGUCGUUGUUGACGCUGUUGUCACUGUUGUCACAGUUGUCACUGUUGUUGCAGUUCUCAAUGUUGUCGCUGUUGUCAGUGUUGUCUCUCUUGUCACUGUUGUCUCUUGUCACUGGUGUCCAUGUUGUCGUUGUUCUCAUUGUUGUCUCUGUUGUCUUGUUUGUCCCUGCUGUUGGUGUUUCCGCUGUUGUCACAUGUGUCGCUGUGGUCACUGUUGUUGCUGUUGUCACUGUUGUCGCUGUUGUUGCUGUUGUCACUGUUGUAACGGUUUCCGCUGUUGUCUCUGUUGUUCGCUGUUCUUACUGUUGUUGUUUUUGUCCGUGUUGUCACUGUUGUCGCUGUUGUCACUGUUGUCAUUGUUGUCGCUGGUUCUUCUGUUGUCACUGUUGUCCCUGUUUUUAAAGUUGUCAGUGCUGUUGCUGUUGGCAUUGUUGUCUCUGUUGCUGCUUUUGUCGCUGGUCUAACUAUUGUCCCUGUUGUUAAGUGUUGUCUCUGUUGUCACUGUUGUCUCUGCUGUUGCUCUUGUCACUGUUGGCACUGUUGUCAAUGUUGUCACUGUUUUUACUGCAGUCGCAGUUGUCACUGUUGUCUUUGUUGUCUCUGUUUUUGCUGUUGUUGCUGUCGUCGCUGUUGUCACUGUUGUCUCUGUGGUCACUGUUUUUGCUGUGUUGCGCUGUUGUCACUGUUUUCUUUGUAGUCUCUGUUUUUACUAUUGUUGCUGUUGUCACUGUUGUCAUUGUUUUCGCUGUUGUCACUGUUGUCGCUGUUGUCACUGUCGUUGCUGCUGCCACUGUUGUCACUGUUGUCGCUGUUGUCACUAUUGUUGCUGUUGUCUCUGUUGCCGCUGUUGUUGCCGCUGUUGUUGCCAUUGUUUUCGCUGUUGUUACUGUUGUUGCUGUUGCUGCUCUGGGGACGACAUAAGGUUGAGAACUCAGGAAAAUAGAGGUCUGGAGGGGUAGUCGGAGGCGGGACAGGAAAGGGCGGGAGGUGGUACUUCUAAUUGGACGGGGAUUUUCGAGAAAUUGGGGAAAUAACGAAACAAUGCUCAAUAGUUUGCGAACGAAUAAGGUCUGACGGAAAAAAAAAAAAACAAGAAAAAAGGGGUAGGGCCGGGAAUGCAGUCUUAGAGAGACGAUCACGCUUUAGUGAGUCAUAAAUAUCGAUUAAACUCUGCAUUUUUUCCACAUCUUUUCUCAAUUGCAUAUUCUAUUUGUUACCUGCCGUUUAAUGAAACGUCAUUCUGGGUGCGAUUGUGAGGAAAAAGCAGGAAGAGGGACGAGGGAGUAUAAUGACUGCUUUAAGGGAAUUACUUUGAAUAAUGCUUACACCGUAUGCUACAAAAUCACAAACGGAAGUUUUUUGAAGCCAGUGUGUUUUAUACCAGCCUAUGGGAAGGACAACUGCGAUUUAAUAGCCAAACUGCCCGAAAAUUGAAACUUUGAAAAUCCGACCAAGUUCAUUGAAAUUGCUUUACGAAUUAUAUUCAGAUAUAUAAGUUUUCGAAGUCCUCAGUUCUUGGCAUUUUUAAAUCAUCCUAGUAUGCGACAGUGCCCUUGGCAUGGAAAAUGAUAAAAUCCCAGAUGCUCAUAUCACCGCGUCUUCACAGCUGGAUGACAACAAUAGGGCAGCACUGGCAAGAUUACAGUUAAAAGAAGAUGGCCUCAAGCAAGGAGGAUGGUCUGCUCUUUACAAUGACUUUGGCCAAUGGAUUCAGGUGGAUCUUGGUGGUUCCACAAGAGUCACUAGGGUAGCGACGCAAGGAAAGAAUGCAGGUGAUGCGUGGGUGGUCAAGUACCGACUGCAGUACAGUGAAGACCUUGGAAUAACCUUCACUUUUGUCGAGAAGUCAGACAACAGUUCAGCAAAAGUAUGUUUGUUUGAUUACAUGGUGCUUUUCUUCUACUUGCUCUGAAAUCGUAAAACAGCAUUGCAAGCGCGGGGAAUACUCCUUCCGAGAGUGCUGCUGGGGCCUUGGAAACCUUGCCUGCUAAAGUUAGGGUGUUUUUUAUUUUACAGAACUGAGCGGCUACACCAUUACCGUCUUCAUUUGAAUUUCACUUUUAAUCUAAACUACCCAGCGAGGUCGGUCAAUUCUAAGUACAGCCAUCUCUCGCCUUGCGGACACCCCGAUGCUAAAUCCCCGGCAAAAACAAAUUACAGACGUUUGACUUGAAUAAACUCUCGCUAAGUUGGACACUAACUCGAGGUCCCUGCGCGUCCACUAUAAAGGGAGUUGACUGUAACAUGCAAGAAGGAGAUGGUUAUCCAUAAAGCGCGCGCGUGAAAUUAGGAAGUUUCACAGAACAACUGUUCAACGACGGCUGAGAAAUGUACAAAAAAGCCUGAUGCACGUGCAAAGAAGUUGUUCUGCUAAUAUAAAUUUAUUGCUGUUUUUCUUUUUUCUUUGGCGUCGCUGUCGCCGUGGCUUAUAUAAGCUUGCUAUUGUUGUAAUCCUACCAAGAUAACGUGAGGUCAGACUUUUCCUCUUUAUUUUACAUAAAUGAUACCAAACUAAAUCCCUCUGCUUUCUAUUCCCUGUACUAGACUAGAGUGCUUGAAAACCCCACCCUUUCCAGCGGCGUAUACCUAUUUAACCUACCGGUAUUGAGGAAAGCACGUCCCACCCUUAGGGCUUCGAUAAACUACUAAAGGCUGGAGCGAAGAGGUCAGGGUUAGGGUUAGGGUUAGGGUUAGGGUUCCUCUUGCAGGGAAGGCAAUGACCCUUUGGGCGAAAGAGUCAUAUGGGGAAAAAUCUUCAAGUAAUUUAACCCUUUACGGCCUAAGAUUGAUCAACAUCAAAUUUCUUCUUGUAAUAUCAAUGCUUUGUAAAACAAACUGGUCAUGAGAAUUACGGACAUGAUCACACAAGAGGAAUUUGCUUGAUACUUUAUCAACUCCUCCCCACUACUUCUUUAGGAAAUGAAUAGGGAUAAUAAAUGAGAAUUCAAAUCUUGAUCUUAGGGCUUAAAGGGUUAAAUGACAUCUUGAGCGAUAUCGAUCUAUGUGGUUCGGGUGCAGGUAAAUCAUUAGUUUGCUUUUCCUCCUACCCGAAACGCAAUUAUUAUGUAUUUCUUCGCUAAAGAAGUCGAAGGGAGGUUUAUACUUGUGGGACAAUAAUCAUAUUAUCUGCACCCUUUUUCGAAGGCUCUUUUGAACCUUACCCUGAAUCGGUCAGUGUAAAACGUAGACUGCGGACUGCGUACCGCAGAAUGCGGACCAGGGGUAAAAUGUAGACUGAGUGUAAAAUGCAGACUACACACUGAGAGUAAAACGCAGGCUGGGGUAAAAUGCAGACCGAGCAUAAUCUGUAGUCGCAGAAGGGUUUAAGGGCAAAUAAAAUCCCACAAAAUACAUGAAAACAAACACUUAAUUGACGACAUGUAUCUGGUUUCACAAAUGCAUUCAUUCUUCUCUGGAACUUCGUCGACGACCCAAAAAUAUAAUCGCAAUCUUGAACCUUUUUUUCCGUCCGAGCAUGGAUAAUUAAUAGUAGACUUUACUUUUUAUUAUCCAUUGUCCGAAAGACCUCACGCUCCAGUUUUCGAUACAUGUGACCAUGAAUUGGUACAACAAAGGGGGGGGGGGAUGAACUCGUCAAUCGCUCCUGUAGGGAUCGCGCGACGGAUGAUCUUGGCCAUCGUGACGUCACGAGAAAUUUAGCCCGGGAACUUUAAAUGGUUUCAUCGAGCGAAAUUGUUUCGUGGUUUCAAGUGGUAAAAGUCGAGAUGUUGCGAUGAAACGACCGAAGGUAUGUGUUUAUCUAUUAAUGCUAUAUAGUAAAAUUGCAAUUUAUUCUAGGAAAGAGCAUUUCCAUCGUAAAAAAUCAAGAACUUCUCGAGAUCGACCAGAUGGUACAACUCACACCGGAGCGUCUUUAGAGACGCAUAACUAUUAUUUAUUAUUAUUACUAUUCGGAUUAAUACACAUUUCACUCACCUUCUCGGAAAGAGAUGUUGGAACUGCACUAUCCUAGCAUUCGGAAAUGGCAACGGCGCCAUUUUCGAAAACUCCUCGAAGUUGCGCGCUUCUCUCUUCGUGACGUCACGAUGGCCAAGAUCGUCCGGACAAACAAACUACCAAGUUCACCAAUCCGCCCCCCCCCCACCAGGAAGCGAAGUGUGUAACUGAUACCAGCUAGUUAAUUCACCUACCUUGCAAAGCGGGCGCAUUUUGCUGUGCGAUCGAUUUGGACUUUUGUCUGACCGAGCGUUGGGGCGAGUCAAAAAAUGAUUCAAUACAAUAAAACGCCUGCUCUGAGGCUAUAAUUCACCUAUUGGGAGAACAAGGAGAACAAGUGUUUAAAAAGUCUGCAGUCGAUCUUAAUACUGCAUUUUACCCCUAGCCUGCAUUUUACUCUCAGUCUGCAGUAUGCAUUUUACACUCAGUCUGCAUUUUACCCCUGGUCCGCAGUCUGCAGUCUGCAGUCCGCAGUCUGCGUUUUAAACUGACCGUACCCUGAAUCCCUUAACAUGUCUGCUAAACAGGGAUAACGCAACUGUUCUCUUUCAUCUUUGUGCUAAAGGUAUUUUACGCAAAUCACGACACCGAUACCGUGGUGUAUAACGUGUUAGCCCCACCAAUCACAGCACGUCUAAUCCGUAUCUUACCAGUGGACUGGCACAAUCAGAUAUCAAUGAGACUGGAGAUAUAUGGAUGUCCAGGUUAG